AUGUCGGGCCCCUCUCUCGCCCCGUAUAUUAUGCGCCGCCCAUGGCUGAGGAGCUGGAUGAUGCCCUUCGCCAAGUGGUACGCCAACGCCUCAGGAUACAGGAGAUUAGGCCUGCGAGCAGAUGAUUUAAUUCCCGAAGAAAACGAUACUGUGCAGCUAGCACUUAAGAGACUCCCUCCCAAGGAGGCCUACGAUCGAGUUUUCAGAUUACGAAGAGCUUUCCAGUGCUCUCUCGCUCACCAACUGCUGCCUCCUGAGGAACAGACAAAGCCAGAAGAAGAUACAUCCUACCUGAAGCCGAUCAUCGAGGAGAUCGAACGCGAGUACAAGGAGAUGGCCGAUCUAGAAUCCAUGACUAUUCAAAAGCGCAAAUAA